UAACGGUAUACCAAUAAUUUGGUUGUUUGUGUGUGAUUGCAAUAAGGAAUUUCUAUUGUGGAUUUUUGCAAGCAAAUUUAAAAAAAUAUUAAAUUCAAAGUGUUCAAAUUGUGUUGAAAAAUUAUUGCAAAAUAUUAUUAUACAUAUAUAAAUAAAGUACUUGUAUAUUUAACAACAGAUUGGUUUUGAAUAAGCGAAAAGUCAACUGGAAAACCUCAAUUUCAACUUUAUAGUUGCCAGUUUAAAAAAUAAUCUACCACUUGCUAAUACUUAGUAUAUGCAUCUAAUUAAAGUCUGCAUCGGUUACACCUUUACUACAGCAACAACAUACCAGACACAAAUGACAUCUUUAUUGGUGUUGGGAAAUUCGUUGUAAUAAAAAGUGUUGUAGGCAGACGAGCAAAAGACACGACACUGCAACCACAGCUUCCGGCUUAAAUUACUUGAAAGAGUGCAGAAUUUGAAUUUCUUAAUUACCAACUUGCCGCACAUUUAAAAGCCAACUAACCAACUGACCGAAGACCUCGCCACAAGCUAAAGCAAAGUCAACGACAUCGACUAAUAUUUAGGCCAAAAUACUACACAACAACAGCAACGCAUUGAGAGAGUGGCGCGUGCUUGCCAAAUUGAAGACACCUGUCAACACAAAUUGUUUUUGCAUUACUUUCGGGUUCUACGAAUUAUGGGCGCAUGGCUUAAAACAACUUAAAAACGCAAUGGACUUGGCAUAAACAAAAGCACAUAAUCGCACAUAUAAAUAUAUAAAUUAUAGUUUUUUAUCAAAAGCCAAGCCUGUCGCUUUCUUUUGGCCUCCAUUGCCGCGCAGCGAACGCCGUUCAACUUUAUUGGAGUGCACUGAGUAUUGAGCGCCACGUUUGGUGCGUAUGGGUAAAACUCAAGUACAGAUUUUUGCGCAUUCGAGGAAUAUUUCUAUGGACGAAAAUGGAUUAUACUAAGCGGUUUUUAUGGCUUUCCGGCAUUCUAUUAGGUCCAAUUCUACUUGCAGCCUUGACGUUACAAGAUGCCGCCAGUCCAGUAUUUCAAAAUCACAAAACGAAAGAGUGGACGAAUUUAGAUAAUAUCACAUUCUCUUUUGAUUGUACGCAUCGACCGGUUGGCUUCUACGCCGACAUGGAGUACAAUUGUCAGAUCUUCCACAUGUGCGAUGAGGAGGGCAAUCGCAUACCGCAUUUAUGCGCCAAUGAGACUUCCUUCAAUCAGGAGUAUCGCAUCUGUGAUUGGGAUUACAAUUUCAACUGCACUGAAUCGCCGAAAUGGUUUUAUUUGAACGAACUGACGUACGCCACAGAGCCGCCUGACGAGGAUGAAGACUAUUGAAACAACACCCACUCCACCCAACAUCCACCAACCAACAACAACACUAACUACCCGAACUCUCCCAAGAACCAUAUCGAUCUUCUACUCCUUUCACAGCACUCCAUGUGUGACCUUACUGUCAAGUAAUUAGCUAAGUGAAGUAAUUGUAUUUAUACUAUUUGUAAUUAUUUGUAAUUUGUUAUGCUUAAACUAUCCUAAAAUAUAGUAUGUGUAGAAAAAAAAUUAAUGAGAAUUGCAAACAACUAAUUUGAGUGGCGCAUAUUUAGCGAAUAUUUCAAUAUAAUUUAAUGAAUCAUUAGUGUUAAUUAGUUUCCUUAUUUAUAAUGUUAUGUAUAUGUUAAUGUAAAAUUGUAAACAAAAUGUAUUUGUGUACAUAUAUUCGUAUUUGUAGUUGUAUAUAUGUAUAGCUUAGUAAAUACUCUAAUUUAUACAGUUGAUUUCGUAGCGAUAUUGUCAUUAUAAUGUUUAUA